AUGGCUGAUCCUCUGCGGAGGACUUUACUAGCGAAACUCCGGGGGAAGAAAUCCAAGAAAGGAGCGACGGUCGGCGGCGGAUACUGCUCUGCUGCUGCUGCGGCGGCGGCGGCGGCGAAUGGGGGCCGAGAAGGUAAAGAAAAAGUUUUGCAAACGCAGCGCGACCCCGACGAGGCUCGCCCGGUAGUCAUGCUCGCGGGGCUGGAUUGCACGGCGGAGAGAAUGAGUACGUACGAGAAUUGUGUUGACGGGGCCACGCUGGUGCAAACAGAGGAGGUUGUUGUAGUCCCGGAGAGGCGCUCAUCGGAGUUGUCCGCCGCGCGUCCCCAGGAGCGGAGCGGCGGCGGCGGGGGCAGGGUUCGGGUUAACGAGGAGCUCCUGGGGGUCUCACUUCAAAGAGACGUGCGCGGCGGGGGGCACGGGUGUGGGGAGGCAGAUAGGAGCCACCGGGGGCCAGGAUCCGCUGGCAGAAGCGCGGGGGUGCCGCUCGGAGGACCGCAUGUCCAGAGUAAACACUACGUCUCGGUGCCGCGGCAGUGCAGCGUCGGGGAUUCGAUCGGGUUUGGGGACAAUUCAAAUCACGUGUCGCACCGGGCACAGGUGCAGCCGCACACCGGGCUCGGUAAACCACCAGAGGGCCGGGCCGCCGCCGAUGGUGACGGCACGGAGCCCAGGGACGGAGGACCCUGCCGGCACAUGGCCGCAGUGGCCGUGAAUGAACACAACGCCAACCGGAGUGUUGACAGCCUCCAAACUUCGGAGACACGCGCGCUCGAUCGCGCCGAACGUGAGCAUCCACACGGCGUGCAGAGAAACACGGAGGAGAACAUCGUCAUCAGAAAUGUUGAGAGUUACGGGCCUGAGUACGCAGGGGUCUUUAGAGGGACUGCAGGUGGUCCGCAGAGCCCGACCUUUUUCCCCACACAGUUAGAAAUAUGCGACAUUAACGUGGCAUCCAUCUGCGACACUGCGGAGUCACUAAGAUACACUUUGGGUAGCGAGGAUGAGGAUUAUUAUGACAAUGAAAUCCUGCCUUUUUAUGAAACGAUCAGUGCUAAAGGUGAUGAUGAUAGAGAUAUGGCAGAGCUGCCACAGCCUGGUCAGGAUAAAGGACAGCUCGAUGGUAGUAACAGUGCGCAGGAAACAGACAGGCUCAGGGUCCAGCUGAAAGAAGCCUAUUACCUUCUUAUCAAUGCUAUGAAUGAUAUCAACCUAGAUGUCCAACAGAUUAAUGGUGGUUUAAUUGAGCAGCAGGCCACUUCCUCCUGUAGUAGCCACUCCAGGGAUAGCCUGUGCUCCAGGUUGUCUGCCAAAAACAUGGACAGCGACUCCUGGUCCUCCGGUGACCACAGCCCCCAGCAGGUGUCUGACACUGACUCACUCCUACUCUGCCUCAGCGGGAACCUCGAGUCAGGCAUCAACGGCAGGCUUAACAGUAAGAGCUUGGUGAACCUGUCCCUGACCGGGAGAAGACCCACAAUGCGGCGCUCUGCAAGUGAAGGAGCCAUCAGGUGUGCAGGUGGACCCUCGCUCUGUAUUCAGAACCCGGGAGGUGCGGACGUCAGCGGUGAUAAAGGGGCCACAGAGACAAAGGACGCAGCCUGGGUUCGGGCCACGGGGGUGAGUGAGCUGUCAGAACCUCAGGUGCUGUACAACAACAACAGCAGUGACGAGCUGCUGCAAGAUGCUGGCGGGGACGAAGACCGUGGCGGGCAGCUCAACGAGAGCGGCGGCUCCGUCAACAGCCUCACGGGUUCUUCAGACAGCAACGCCGAUGCAUCGACGAAUCAGGGCCAUGACGGCAAGCGGGAGUCGGCUGACGCCCGAGCACAGGGAGCCCACUCCGUCAACAAGGGGCACGGCGUCACUGUCAACAAGAUGCAAGAGUGGAUGCACAAGGGCCGUUUGUUGUCCUCCGAGAUGAAGCAGCGCAUCGAGGGCUCAUCUUUGCCCCGCAGCGGAGGCCAGAGCCAGGACCGGCCCUGUCCUCAGGUCAACCUCGGUGUGUCUAAACCGGGGGUCCAGACAUCCGGCCGAGGGGUUAAAUCUGUCAAGGCCAAGUCACCACAGCACCAGCAGCCAGCUUUCAUUGAGAAUGUCCAAACCCCCUGUGCUAAUGGCCGGGAGGUGGGCAGGGCCAGUGAGUCUUCGUCAUGGCGGCCACCGCUCACCACCAUCACUGUCUCCAAGAAGCGCAACUGGCUGCAGCAGAGCUCCCUUGGGAAGAAUCCCUGCACCAAGGAUGAGCUGCAGGGAAUGCUGGGAGCUGAGGAGGAGGGCUCCCAUCUGCCGCCACCUCCUCCCAGUCCCUCUCCAGACCACCUGAGACACUCAGGGGGAGCUUCAUCACGACCAGCCCGCCUACACCUGCCUCAGAUUACCGUUGGUCAGGCCAAGGUGUCGCCUCACCCUCGGAGCGUGGACCCAGCCGAGGAGAACGACGCAGAUGAUGAAGGAGAGAUCUGGUACAACCCGAUCCCUGAGGAUGAUGAACUGGAGAUGUCUCAGCGAGCCUCCUUUCGACUGCGGGUUCCCCCUGGCGCCGAGUCCCAGAGGAGGCCCAGCAGGGGAGGGGAUGCGGGUCACGGUGGCAAGAACCCGGGGGGCGGGAGCAACACCGCCGGGCCGGAGGCAGUCGGCGAAAGCCUCGGUGGUGGUUCAGGAGAUGGGAGUCAGGGGAAUGCUGCACAUUCCACAGAGGCACUACAUCUGCACAGACAGAUGCUCGCGUGCAAACCCCAGGAGGAGGAGGAGGGGCCUUCCACCAGCAAAGCCACAGAUGGUCCUGACCUGCCCAAUGCUGUCAGCUCCCCACCCUCCAGCCCAAAUCCAGCCAAGAAAAGCAGCUCCAUCAACUGGUCCUUCCCAGACAAGAUCAAGUCCCCGCGCACCGUAAGGAAGAUCUCCAUGAAGAUGAAGAAACUUCCGGAGCUUAGUCGUAAACUCAGCAUCAAGGGGACCCCGAGUAGCAGUAACAGCAACAACGGCAACGGCAGCAGUCAUUUAGAGCCCAGAGCCCAUUCUCCCCGAAACAACUCGCGGGGGUUGGAGGCUGUCCCCCAUUCCUCAGGCCCUCCUAGGUUAUCUGCAUCUGGGGGUGGGCAGGCCAGCCGUAAUGUGAUCUCACGCUACCACCUGGACAGCAGUGUGUCCACACAGCACAGCUUCAGCAAGAAGAAAAGCAACGGCAGCUCAAAGUCUGCCAGUAAAGGUGGCUACCUCAGUGAUGGGGACUCCCCGGAGCUUGUGGCCAAAUCUGGGAAGCACUGCUCCUCAGAGGUGAAGGGAGGGAAAGGCAAGGAGAUGGAGGGAGGAGGUGGAAGCUCUAAACUCAACGGCACAGAGCUGGACAUUGAUGCUUUCCGCCAUUACAGCUUCACAGAGCAGCCCAAGUGUAGCCAGUACAUCUCUGGACUGAUGAGCCUGCACUUUUAUGGCGCUGAGGACCUCAAACCUCCACGAGUUGACUCCAGAGAUGUCUAUUGCGCCAUCCAAGUGGACUCCGUUAAUAAAGCACGAACUGCCCUCCUCACAUGCCGAACUACCUUCCUAGACAUGGACCACACCUUCAACAUCGAGCUGGAGAACGCCCAGCACUUGAAGCUGGUGGUGUUCAGCUGGGAGCCCAUGCCGAGACGCAACCGCGUCUGCUGCCACGGCACGGUGGUUCUGCCCGCGCUCUUCCGGGUGACGCGUAGCCACCAGCUGGCGGUGAAGCUGGAGCCGCGGGGCCUGAUCUAUGUCAAGCUGAGUCUGAUGGACCAGUGGCAGAACUCGCUGGAUGGUGGGCCAGACGGAGACAGGGAGCCACAGGUGUUUGGUGUGGAGGCGUGGCGGGUGGUGGAGAGGGAGAACACGGGACUGAUGGUGCCGCUGCUUAUAAGCAAGUGCAUCAAUGAGAUCGAGAAGAGAGGCUGCCAGGUGGUGGGUCUUUACCGUCUCUGUGGAUCUGCAGCCGUGAAGAAGGAGCUGCGUGAGGCGUUUGAAAGAGACAGCUGUGCCGUGGAGCUGUGUGAGAACACGUAUCCUGACGUGAACGUCAUCACAGGAGUACUGAAGGACUACUUGCGAGAGCUGCCCUACCCUCUGAUCACCAAGCAGCUGUAUGAGGCGGUGUUGGAGUGCAUGGCCACGAGGCCUCUGCGGAUAGCAGCAGCGGGCUGCGAGAACGACCAGGCCGACACGGAGCACACCGUCGGCCUGCUGGACAACCUGCCAGACGUGGAGAGGAUGACACUGCAGACGCUUCUUGACCACCUAAAGCUGGUGGGGUCCUGCCAGGAAGUGAACAAGAUGACGUGCCAGAACCUGGCGGUGUGUUUCGGCCCGGUGCUGCUCAGCCAGCGUCAGGAUGCGUCGUGCCACACCAACCGCGUCUUCAUUGACUCGGAGGAGCUGGCCAGCGCGCUGCACUUCAAAAAACACAUCGAAGUCCUGCACUACCUGCUCCAGCUCUGGCCUGUUGUGGACCCUCAUGGCCGGUCCUCCUCUCAGCACCCUGCAGCCUAUUUGUCUGCGGCCUCACCUGACCUGCUGUCAGCUCCUCCCCUACGGCGGAGAAAAGAGCGGCCGCAGGUCCUGAACCUCUCUGAAGCGGAGAUGGCGGGUGUUCUGCGACCCAAACCGGGGCGCUUGGACAGCCCCAGCAACCGCUACGCUGGCGACUGGAGCGAGUGCGGCGAGAGCUACUUCCCUUGUGAAUUUCUGCUGCCUCCCAACAGAGAGGAGGCGGACUAUGAUGACGUGCCCUCCGAGGACACAGAGGCAGCUGAAGAGGUGCAGGAGAAGCCUGAGGACGCAGAGGAAGAUAACGGGCAGAUGGUCACAAGCCCGGAGGCUGCUCCUGUCGAGCAGGAGCAGCCUCCGAGAGACGAGGAGGUGAAGGACGAGGAAAAGGAGGAAGAGGAGGAAGAGGAGGAAGAAGAGGAAGUGGAGGAGAAGCAAGUAGAGAGUGAGACAGGGAAUGGGCAGCCAUUAGAGGACAUGGAGGAGGAGAGGAUGUGCGACCAUAUCCUGCCUCCUUGUCUGCCCAAAGAGCACACCUACCAGGCUUACAUGAAGAUCCAGGAUAUCAGCCCUGUGCUGAGCAACAGGGUCAACCUCAGAGACCUGCAGGAGAGCAUCGACACCCUGAUAGGAAACCUGGAGAGAGAGCUCAACAAGAACAAGCUCAACGCUGGAUACUGACUCCUGCUACAGUGACACACACACACAUACACAUACACACACACACACACACACACACACACAUCCACUUACUCACUCAUAGAGACUGAUGGGGAGACCUUCAAGGUGCUUCAGGAUACAGCAACAGUGUUUCCAUGGAGAUCCUGUGAUGCUGGCGCGGUGCUCCUGUACAAACCUAAAGGACGAGGUGAGAAGGAAUGCAACGUGGCACUUCUGGCGUUUUACCCAUAGACAUUCCUUAAAGUUCUUACUUCAUGUUGUACAUUUGUUUCAGUCCGGUUCUGUGUUCCGUGUUGUUAUUGUUGCUUCUCUUCUUAUUAGAAGAACCCAUUGACCCCUCAGGGGUUUAAACGGUGCCUUAAUUGUGUGAAGGUGGUAUGUCAAGAGGAAAUUCCACCCUGAAAUACAAUGCAUUCCCUCGUGUGAUCUUGAUACCGUGUUGACAACCUCCAGGAUAACCUCUGUGAUGUUGUGGAGAUAUGUUUUUACAUCGAAAAAGGCUGAAGUGUAUUGUGUUUUUUAGCAGACAGGGAACUAUGGGGAACUCAUGCAAUCUUUUAAGCGGUGAUACUGAUGUUUUGUCAGGCAAA